ACUCGAAGAAUAUAACAACAAAUCCCUCCAUCCCAUUUUCAGCGCUCUGAGGUCAAUAUUCCGCGGCGUCUUCUAAAUUUCAUCUCCGAUUCUCUUCCCCAUUCCCCCCAAAUCCGCCGAGAUCCGGCGACUGUCGUCGGAUUUCCUCACCGUCCGCUCCGACGAAUCAUGAAAGGCUCCUGCACGUUACUCGCUUCGGUCCUCGCCGCUUCGACCAUGGCUUUCUCCUCCUCUUCGUCCUCCUCUAAUGAAGAUCGUGACCUCGCUCUUAAUCCUCCCUCUCGAGAGGGCUUCGUUUCGGAAUCCGGUUCUAACAGAGGUUGCGGUUCGGAUGCGUCAGCGGAGAAGGAGAAAUUUGCGCCGAGGUUCGAUGGAUUGAGGUUCAUUGAGACUUUGGUAACUGCUCAUAGAUAAUCCAAUCCCUAAGGAGCCUGUUCUCGUUCUUUCUUAUGAUCUUCUUUUUGUCAUAUUAAUUUUUCGGAUCGUGUCCUGUUUUACAUGAUUGUUAGGAACAGAAAUUUUGUUCUUACAUUGUGGAGUGAUUUUACUGACUAAAAAUCAAGAGAUUUUGUGCGAGUUCCUCUUGUUUGUGACGGAGUCUCAUUGUUGUAGAAUUGCAAUCCAUUGUUGAACCGUCUGUCUGUGUGCGAAUAUUAAGAACAAUUCUCAGAAGUAUAUGCAUCCGUAUAAGUUAGUUAUUGAAAUUAGCGGUUCGUCUUGGAUUCUCCUUCGCUGUCAAAGCUUUAGAUGAAGACAAAAUUGGUAAAAUGAAAGCAGAAGCAUGAGGAAUCAUCAAAUCCAUUGAUGCCUUUCGAACAACUCAUUGUUGGUGUGUGUCUGUGUGAUGAUGACGAUGAAUUCUCGGGAGCUGAUUGCAAUAAUAUAUAAUAUUUAAAUGUCAAAUGUUAUUGUUUGAU